AUGUCCAUUCUCACUGCCACAAAGUCGCCACAUGAUGCCAGAAAGACCACAGAGACUAAAGAGUACCUACCCAGCCGCGACAAUGUCAUCUCCAGCAUGCAAAGGGUCCUUCAGCUCUCCUCGCCCGGCGACCACGUCUACAUCCAUUACUCUGGCCAUGGAACUAUUCGAAGCAAGGACAGAGCAGUAGCAUUGGAACUGAUCAACCCUACAAGCUUGGAGACCGAGUAUCUGUAUGGCACCAUACUACGGAACGCUAUCAACAAGAUGAUACAAAAAGGGCUUACUGUGACGCUUAUCCUUGACUGUUGUUUCUCCGGGAGUGUUCUUCGGGAUGACAGAUUACAAUCCAGGAAGGUUCGGUAUCUGGAAUACAGUCGUGAUGUCGACCUACAAUCCGACUAUCGAGAUCCCUUUCACUCCAAUACGUCGCGUGACAGCGAGCUUGGUCUAUCCAGACUCCUGGAUCCCGAAGGCCACACAAUCAUUGCCGCGUGUGGACCUCUUGAGGUUGCUUCGGAGCUGGAAUUCGAUGGAGGUGCCACCAGAGGGGCACUAAGCUAUUUCCUGGUUGACUCGCUCACAAAGCUGAGGAGGCGAGGUAUCAAAGUCUCCAACCAGAUGCUGCACCAGAAUCUUCGAGCACAGUUCCAUGCCCAUGUUCCCGAGCAGACCCCAAUGCUUUAUGGAAACCGCGGAUUCGCCUUUUUCGGAGACUUCAUCGACUUCAGCGUCGAGGCUCAUCUUCCAACAUUUUCUCUGCAUAGAAGUAUCGAGCAUGGUGGUCUUGUUCUGCACGCUGGACAGGCUCAUGGAGUGCACAGGGAUGACGAAUUUGCCUUGAGCCCAUUUGAGCAGCAAGACGAGGCCCGCCAACCGACAAUCAGAGGAAGAAUUGAUGCCGUCGACUGUCUUACAUCCACGAUGAACACUGUGGAUCCAAAGGACUCAGAAAACAUCAAAAGAGGGUCGACCUGGAAAGCCACCUUGGUGACAUCCUUCUCUCCUAGAAAGGUUCAUAUCCACCUCGAUUACGACGUACCAGACAACAACAAUCUUAUCCAAGCGGCUAGCUCGAAUGGCUACCUAACAUUUCUGAUCACUUUCGAGAAUCCGAGUCGUCGUUUGCUAUACCUGGGAAUAUUUUUGUUUACUCAGUUGUGGGAGGUUCGCAACCUGGUAUCUGAGAAGGGAGAAGAUGCUUAUCUAACUGUCCUCCCCCGGACCCCAACUGAAAUUGGGAAGAUGGAGCUUCCUCUAGCCAUGACUGUUCCGGGCGAGCUUCGCAAUCGGGGACAUGAACAAACUGAGGACAUCAUCAAGAUAUUCAUUACGAGCCAACCAUUCGUGUUCCCUGGACUCAUGCUCCCGCGGCUUGGCCAUGUGCCUGGACAUCGCGGAGAACUAGAUCCAUUCUCAAGACUGUUUCAAGACUUGCAAGGCAACCAGGAUGGUGAUAGGGGGGACAGAAAGUGCGAAUGGACGACCCGCAGUUAUCUCGUCCGUACUCAUAUCUAG